CGAUGGCGCCCGGGCGAAAGACGGUUGCCGGGAGGUCUUGGACCGCGAGGGUAGGCCGCGGCUGGCGGGAGCGGGGCGGGGGCGGCGGCAGGGAGCGGGCCCCGGGGCCCGGAGCGGUGACUGAGCCGUGUGCGUCCCAUCCGCGGUGGAACGGCGGAUCGAGCGGAUUCGGGCGGACGGGGAGCGGCUCAUCAAGGAGGUGGAGCACCUGUACGACAUGGAGAUCCCGCGGCUGCGGCCGGAGAUCCGCGAGAUGAACUGGGUCGAGUGCUUCGGGGCGGGGCGGGGCGGUACCGGGCUGGCGGGGACGCGUUUUCCCUGAGGAAAUACCCCUAAGGGCGGCAAAGGGAUCUCUGCCCGGAACCCCCCGGGCUGCCGAGGUGCUGCUCGCUCGCUGCCGAGAAAAGGGGUUUGUGCUGGUUUUUCCCCCCCGGUGGUGACGCGACACAGCGUGUCUGCCCGCGCCGCUCGCUUAGAUGUGGAUUGAUUUUUUAAAAAACAUUUUCUUUUCAGCUAAAGGAGGAAGCACAAAGGUGUUGGAAGAGGCAGCAGCGGCAGCCUUGGGAAUAACAAAAAUAGACAAGUUAACAGCAGAAGUUAUCCAAACUCCUUUAAAAAUCAUCAAGAAAGUGGAAAAAUCUAAACAGGAUAUUGAAGAAGGAGAGCCUCCUUUGCUUCCUCUUGCAACAGAAAACCAUGAUAGCCAGUGUCUGCCAGAUCCAGAAGCUGAAAACAUUAAUCCAAGAACUGGAAAGGUCAAGCAAAAGCAACUUUAUUACUCCAGCUACUGGCAGAACUGUUGAUCUGUGUGCUCUGGGAGGUACCUCCAUGGUCACACCCAAAGUUGAUUUCCAGGUUUGUAUUCUGUUAACCUCUUACAUGUAGGAGAGUCCCUUACCAGUUGCUUUAUAGAAUCAUAGAAUGGUUUGGGUGGGAAGGGCCCUUAAAGCUCCCCCUGCCCUGGGCAGGGACACCUCCCACCAGACCAGGUUGCUCCAAGCCCCCUCCAAUCUGCCCUUGAACCC